GCAGGGCGGGAGGAUGGCGGUGCUGCUGCUGGUGCUGUGUCUGGGGCAGGCGCUGGGCUCCGGCUUCCCACAGACGCUCACAGUCGCCUCUCUGCAGCACAGGACGGGAUCCUCCGCCAACACUCGUCGGAACUGGUGCCAAUAUCCCGUCUCCAAGACUGUGACCUGCCAAGUGCAGAAUGGAUCAGAGACCCUGGUCCAGAGGGUUUACCAGAGCUGCUACUGGCCCGGUCAUUGCAGCAGCCUCGUCAGUUACAGGACCAUCGUCAGGCCCACCUUCAGCCUUUCCUACAGGAACAUUACGGCGCUGGAGUGGAGGUGCUGCCCCGGCUUCACUGGGACCAGCUGUGAGGACGAAUGCAUGAACUGCUCAGCAUUUGCUCAGCUCCACCAGAGAGUCCACACUCUGGAGUCAAAGCUGAUGCUGCUGGAGGGGGGCUGGUCAGCUACAGGCAAUGAGACGUCAGACACAGGAACACAGAGACCCCCAGGGCCGAGAGGGCCGCCCGGAGAGAAAGGAGAGCCAGGGCAAGCAGGGCUGCCUGGCAUUCCCGGGCCUAUGGGAUUACCCGGAAAACCAGGCCCGUCCGGCCCUCCAGGAAAACCGGGAGAAACCGGGGAGGCAGGAUUGCCUGGGCAGCCAGGUGCUGUGGGACCUGCGGGACGGCCGGGAUUCCCCGGAGAGACAGGCCUCCCGGGUCAGCGAGGCCUCCCUGGAGGGAGGAGUCCGAGCCCGGACACGCGGGACUAUGAAGAUGCAGUGAUCUCGUUGGCUUCCAGCCCCCCCGGCCCAGCGGGACCCCCCAGGACACCUGGCUCUACAGGUAACAGUUCUCAGCUCUGGGUUCCCGGCUCAGUAACGCUGUGCGUGGGUUGGGACGGUGCUGAGGUCCCCCCGGGCCCCCCGGCCCCCCAGGACCCCCCGGCUCCCAGGGAUUCCCCGGCCCCCCUGGACCUGCGCUCUCGGUGCAGUUGCAGUAGUUACUGUGCUGACCACACAGACACAGCCUCAUCACUGACAUUUUUAUUUCCUCCACAGGCGGAACCUGGAAAGAAAGGUGACCCUGACGAUAAAGGAUCAGAGGGAGAAGCUGUUCAGCAGCUUCGCGAGGCCUUGAAGAUCUUGGCUGAGAGAGUCUUAAUCUUAGAGCAUAUGAUUGGCAUCCACGACACCACGUUAUCCCUGGAGCCCGGUUCUGGGGGGGGAACAUUACCUUCGGCCGUUAAAGUCAAGCGGGAAGGAGGGCAGCGACAUCACCUCCUGUCCACUCUGCUGUCCGGCCAAGACCACAGAGAGCCCGGUCGGCCCCGUGUGCCAGUCUGACUGGGGCUCCCGUCUGAACACGCGCUACAGCAACUCUCAACUGCCAUCCUGCAGUUUGUAUCUUGUAUGUUCUGAAGCCUUACACACAAGUUUAAUACCUGUUCUGUCAUGUCUGUCUGGUGUGUUUGUUGUACAUUUAAUAUCUAUUUACAUUUAGAUGUAGUUUUUGCACCAGAUUCAAUUCCUUUUUUUUUAUCAAUAUAAUUUUGUCCUGAUUUCCUGGGGGUCAUUUAAACUUGAAUUAUUAUUAUUAUUGAAUGGUGCACUGACUCGCUGGAUUCCGGGCAGUGACAGGUGAGUCUCUUUCUCUCUCCACAUUGUUAGGUGUCUAAACCACAGUAUAAUUUGAUGCCGGUGUCAUGGCAGGGGCCAUGUGUCAAAGGUCUCAGUUUGAUACUCUUCUGAUACUGGAGUCCUGUUGCUCAGUGGUUUGUUAGUGCGCUCACCUCGCA